UUUUUUCUUCUUAAAAAUGACGUAAUAUUUUGAGAACGCCAACUGUAGCAACACAAUUUAAUUUUAAUGUCAUUUUAAAAACUCGACUAGUGCCAUGAAUAACAUUACUUGAUGGAGCUGGCGUUUUCACCUAAAAAGCUUCUCAUUCUCAAUGGAAUUGUAAACUAGUUUGAUUUAACAUCAUUGACAUGUAACUGCAAAAAGAUUAGAAAUUAUGUGACAGUGUUUUCCCUAGAAUUUCAAGAGCGGCGCCACCAGAUGGACGACAGUCACAGAAGAUUCUUGCAGGUGCUGAUGCGCAGCGGCAUUGUUGAUGAACCAAGUGCCAAGCAACUCCAUCGCCAUUGUUGCAAUGUACACAACACUUUUUACUCCCCAGACCAGCUUGAUGACUAUAUCAAUACCAUCAACUCUAAUCUGGAGCCCAUGUUCAUGCAGAUUAGAAAAGGAAUGUGUGAAAAUAGUGGUGUACAGCACUAUGCUUUGGUUAACAUGAUUGAAACGGAUGUCACCAGAAUGACAUCGGACUACGCCGAUCAUGAACUGGAGAUUUUCCGGAAAAUAAUGGACCUGGUCAUGGACUCGGACACUGGCAGGGCCUUCUCCACUGAAAUACUCAAUUGCGCCAACACGCUGACCAAAAAAACAAAGAAGAAAGACACGGAACAGCUGCUAAAUCGACUUGUGCGAGACAAUUGGCUCAUUGAGAAAGAAGGUGAAUACUGCUUGUCCACCAGAUGCAUCAUCGAGAUGGAGCAAUACAUUCGCACUAUGUAUCAAGACCAGGUCAAAGUGUGCCGCAUCUGUCACAACAUUGUCUUCCAGAGCCAAAUCUGUGAGAAUCCGACUUGUGGCAUAAAAAUGCACAACCCGUGCGUGGCAAGAUUCUUCCAAGGAGCGACGGAGCCUCGGUGCCCUGCUUGCAAUGACAUUUGGCCUCAUGAGAUCCCUGCAAUCGAGGAGCGUCUGUCUGAAUCCAGCAAUUGAAAGUUCAAGAUCAUGUAUUUGUUAAAAAGUAAAGUAUAUUUUUAUAUUAUUACCCUUGUGAGGAUAAACGGGUUGAAAAAUGGAUGGAUGGAUGGAUGGAUGGUCUUUCCAUUUUGGGUUCAUAUUGUUUGUAAAACAAAAAAGAUUAAAAACAACUUGCUUGUCUCUGACACUAAACUCAAAACAAUGAUUGCAUAAACUUUAAAAUGUUCCUGAUGAAACUAAAACGUUUCAAAAUACCGUAUAUGCUCACACCAACUUGUAUCUUGUUUGGUAACACAACCACUGGAAAUGCAACGCUCCCAAUAUUGUGUGUGAGGACAAUCUCCCCCCCCCCCCCACCCCACACACACACCAUAUAUACCGUAUAUGUAUGUAUGUACAUAUAGAUAACAUUUUCAAAACGGUUUUAAGGCUGUAUUUUUUUUUCAAAAUAAAAUAUUCAGUUUUGAUAAUAUUUCAGAAUGUUGUGGCUUGAAAAUGGUUCGAGAUAAAGGCAUGUAAAUAUUGCUUGGUGCAUUUUUGCCGUUUAGCCGCUUAAUUAAAGGCUUAAAUUAGGUUAUUUUAAGUUCUGCAGUGUGAUCGUUGAGCCGCUUGGUGGCGCUCUCGGUAAUGUAGUGGACGUUGAAACACGUGCGAGUUGAAAGCUAGUCAUGCACUGCUGUUUUCAAGGUGAAUUCUAACACAGAAAGCAAAUGUGCAAAAAAAUUAAUUCAGACAUUGCUACCUUAUGCAUUUGAAAGUGAUGACUCUCAACCGAAAUGUACAUUGAAUACAAUUGUAAAAAAUCGCUCAUAGAUGAAAGGAAAGAAUUUCUAAAUUGAUGAGUGUCACACUAGUCCAAGUGUUCUGCGGAAUGUUUAAUAAAACCUUGACCACAAGAA